AUGACAUAUCAAUUAUUGGUUAUCAUAGUUGUUAUUAAUACUAUUGGAUUUAUUAAUUCGACAAUAUUAUUUGUCAAUGUAUCAUUCACUGCAGUUUGGGCUGAAAAUGCGACAACAAUAGCAGGAUUAUCGAAUGGUACAGCUGGAACAUCAAAUAAUACUCUCAGUUCUCCUCGUGGUUUAAGUAUUUCAAGCGAUGAUAUUUUAUAUAUAGCUGAAUCAAAAAAUGUUCGAAUAGUCGUAGUUAAUUUAACUAGUUUACAAGUUAUUAAUAUCAUUGGAUCAGGUCCAGGUAGUGCAAUGUAUCAGUUUGAUCAUCCUUAUGAUGUUAUGAUGUUAUGA